GUUGCCAUUCACAGGUGAUUGCAAAAAAAACGACAACAACUUCACCUGCUACUAAUUUCUGAUAAUAAAACAGCUCUUGUUAACAUUGGCAGAAACAAGGUUGCUAAUUUCUUUUUAUGUAUUUAUCGCGCCCGUUUUCGAAGACGGAUGGACCUUCCCAACGGCAAUGAAGCUAGACCGGGCCGAAGCUGCGCUGCUCCGCCUGCCUUCCCCUCUUCCACCCGGGGCUCCUCUUCACGCCCCUCCCUGGCUCGCCUCAGGCCGGGGAAGGGACUAGGCCGAGAAGCCUCCGGAGGUUCCUAUGGCAACAGGAAAACACCCCGCGGGCGGGACGCGGAGAGACGAAGGCCGCUUCGUUCUGGGCGCGAGGGGCAGCAGUUUGUAAACUACAUUGUCUGAAGCGUUCUUAUUCAAGGCCGGCCCACCUGUGACCAAGGAUAAUCCAGGUCCAAGCAUUUUUCUGCAAUGGAAAUUAAACCCUCCAGAAGCCAACAAAAGCGUGGGAAACAUUCAAGACAUUCAGCAUCCAGAACGGAUGCUGUCAUAGAAUUGUACCUCAGCGAGGAACAUGAAAAAGAAAGUAGAGCAGCAACAGUUAUUCAGAGAGCCUGGAAAAGAUGGCUGGAUAUCGGUGUGUUUGACUACUAUAAAGACCUAAUUACCUUUAGAAUAUGCGGAGAACCUUAUCAUCUGAUGAGGUUCAUUGAUCCUAAAGAGGGGGGUUGGACUGGAUGCCCUUCUCUUCCAGCUCAACAAUUCUAUGAUUCUCUGAAUCUUUGUAUGUUCAGUGGAGCUUACCUUCAGGCAGGAUUUAUAGAUGCUGCAGCAGGGAUUCAUAUAAGAUUCAGACUAGGUGGGGUGAAGUUUCCUCCAUGCGUAUAUUACAAGAUAUUUACCCACAGACCUGUUGUGGAUCUAUGUGCAAACAGCCCCAAAGACUACGCAAAGCUAGCAGCCAAGUCAAGGCAACGACGAAGUUUCCAGGAAGCAAGCUUUGACGAUCACAGGGAUUGGUACCAACGCAUAGAGAAUAAUGGCUGGAGACUCCUUUCCAACAGGUUUUGGAAGGGCAUGGACCCCUUUACUGCUAAAGACAACAUCCGAAUAAAGGAAUUCCACUACUGCAAGGUGCAGAAGAAACAAGCUGUAGAAAGAAAAAGAAAAAGAAGAAAAAUAGAGUGGCUGAAAAAAAUGUACUUUGGCGAAAGCCUGCAAACUAAAACUGAGGACACAAAUGCAACAGUAUUAAUUCAAAGAGCAGCAGAAGGGCUAAUCAACACUCUGAAGGAUGAGGGGAUAGAUAACGUAAUGGAAUGGGAAGUGGAUGAAUUGCUGAAAUGGACAAAUGCACUCAACUACGAAGAGUAUGUUAAGGAAUGGAAAGAAAUUGGAACAAGCAGGAUUUCCAGCUGCAUCCAAGGUUUCCAGUUUACUGACAAACCAAUCAUCUCUUUGGAAUCGAAUGAGAUACCAAACACCAUCAAGCAACUAGUAGAGUCACAAAUGCAUUCGGAUAAAAAGAGUCAGCGCAAGGUAAACACUUCGUACAGUUCAGUGGCAAAACUCACCUGACAACUCUACAAGCAGCAGCUACAGCAGCAGCAAAACAAAGCUUCAGAAGACAGAUAAGCAACAAACAACCUGGAUGUUGAAAGAUAAGUAGCUAUCUCUGUGUACUUGUGUAUUUCGCAGCCUUAUUUGUCCUGGCACAUUAACACAAAAUCCAAAAGUAUUUUAAGUCAAACCUUAUUCCAGUAUUGUGGUGAAGCACAUUGAAUAAAGGAGUUGCUUCUGGAAAUGCA